AUGUCUUUCCAAGAGUUGAAUGCACAAUACCUUGCAUAUCUAGCACAGUACCCUCUCGCUACAAAGUCGGUAACCUCGGGCAUACUCAAUGGCUUGAACGAAACGAUUUCGUCAGCAAUAACCAACGAAUACAAGGAGUCCCGCAUUCUUGGACUCAAGAUCAAGCACGUGUUUAGCUCCAAAUUGGUGAAGAUGAUCAUCUACGGAAGCUUGAUAUCGACACCAAUAAGCCAUAAAAUGUAUGGUGUCAUCAACAAAAUCUUCAAAGGUCCCUUGACUCCUAAACAGAAAAUCUUGCAGAUAUUGACGUCGUUGUUCACGGUGACUCCUACAUUGUCGGCGUGCUUUGUGGCCUGGAUCGGCUUGAUCAACAACUACCAGCCCAAGAGCUUCAGCAUCUGCGAGAUUGGCAGAAUCUACACCGUCAUCAAGACCUCUUUGCAAAAGGGGUACCUUCCCGUGUUGAGGUCCUCGAUGGUAACGUCGUUUUUAGCGCUUGUUGUUGCUCAAAAAUUCGUGAAGCCCGAGUUGUGGGUCGUUUUCUUCAACUUGAUCUUCUUUGUAUUGGGCACCUACCAGAAUACCAAGUUGAAGAAGUUGCAAAAGAAGCAACGGUUAGAAAAGAGUGAAUAG